UUGAGAAUUAAUGCUGAGAGGAGGACCUGAAGAAGCCCAGUCUGCAAGCACUGUUCCAGACUCACUACUCUGUGAGGGACGACUGUGUCCGAAAACAGUUUUGUGGAAAUGCCUCACCUGAACUUUCCAGACCAGACUCACAUGGUCCGUCCGAUCUAAAGGAUUUUACAGCGCUGGACGAGAGGAAACUGGGGGAUCCGGACUAUACAGGCUUUGGGAUGUCCUCGGGCCGUGAGUCUGUAGGGGAUCUGAUUCCCCUGGAUAUGCUGCAGGUGUUCAGUGAGGAGCGUCAGCAUGGCAGAGGCAAACGGGGCGGCAGACGGGCAGCAUCCUUCAGGCGCGCGUUCAAGUGGUUCAAGAGUCAGCGCAGGAAAACUCGCAGACAUGCUACUGAAAAACACGGAGACCUGCUCGCCACUGGAUCACCUGUGGAACUGCCACCAUCCACACUUAAAACAGGCCUUAAAGAAGAGGUUGUAGGCACAGUUUCUCUUCAGCAGUUCCAAGAAAAUGUGUUCGUGGAGGGUGAUCGACCUAAAUAUGUGUUAGACCUCCACACAGAAGCCCAGCAGGGCCUGAAACUGCAGCAGCAAGAGGAUGACAGGAAUGGCACAGACUUCCCUGAUGACCAAAGCAUGAUUUCAACAGUAACUGCUCAGACUGAAGACAGCAUGGCCUUCAGUGAGCUGAGAGGCUUUGAGUCUGAGAGCACAGCAGCUGAUUCUGUUUCAAUGCGCUCCUCCAUUUCUUCACGAUCAACUCGUUCAGGACUCAAACGCCAAGCCUCAACAUUCCGGCCUCUGAAGCCAGAUAAGUCUGCAGAGAAGCCCAAAACUCGUAGAAAGCCUGUGAGAAAUGUAGUAGGAAUUCCUCGACACGUCCAGAAAGAACUGGGGCUGGACAGGGCAGCAUGGAUCACCACCAAUGCUCUUGAUUACCAACUGUCCAAUGGGGAUGUGAUCAUACCUGCCAUAAUAACUGCUGUGGAUGGUGCAUCUAGCAGCUCUGAACAAGAAAGUUUACAAGACUAUCCACAGAGUAGACAGAACCUGCACAUCGUUUUGGAAAACAACACAGAGGUCCCCAUGGUGACAAAACCCACAGAUAUCCUCCAAAGAUCCAUGCACCAAUUUGUAGAUCCAGGCACUUUAGGUGUUCCAGAGAACCCAACUGGUGCAGUGAUGUCCAUCUCGCCCCAGGCCACAUAUUUGUCUAAAAUCAUUCCGAAUGCUGUACUUCCACCAUCUGUGGACGUUGUGGAACUCAGUCGCAGCCGAAGUCGGAGCAGCGUCCGAACCGUCAGCAAGAGCAGCCUGGUGUCAGCCAGCCCAGCGUCCACCCGGGCAUCCUCCAGAGUCUCUUCACAUCGCUCUACUACUCGUACAGACUAUUCUGGCUGGAGCCACUCAGGAUCGUCAGAGACGCUUGUAUCUAAUUCCUCUACCAUCUCCAGCAGUAGCACUCCCCGUGUGGCCAGCAGAGGGAGUCAGGUUGAAAACACAAAUGUUGCUGCAAAGCUGAACAACUACAGUUCCCAUGUUGCUUUGAAACCUAGUCAAGUGAAUGGGGACUCUACAGAGGAGGAGGACAUCAGAAAAGCUGCUACUUUUACACGUAACCUAUCUGUAAUGAAACGUGGCAAGAUGCCUCCACCUCCUCCCAACAGGUCAUAUUCCUUACGGAAUGGCAAACGGUCAUGGAAGAAAUCUGAUGGUCCUUCUGACUUGGAUGAUGUUAGCAUUCCUGAUGGAUCACCGUACCCUUGUGUCAUUACUUCAUCUGAAACAAAGGUUGAGUUGGGCCCUAAAAUAGGCUUAUAUUCUUCCAAUGGAAUUGUCCCGUCAAAGGAGAUCCAGGCAGUCACAGAAACAAAAAAUAAGGUUCAAACAAAUGGUACGAGUAAACUUGCUGAACUGAGGAAAACCCUUUUGUCUGCAAAAAGUCUUCAUAAUGGUAACAAUUCCUCUCCAGCUGUAAUGGCUCUCUUGUCUUUGCUAGAGAUUCCCACCCAUCCCAAAGUACUGGCUCCCCCAGCUCCUCCACCAGAGACCUGGGCACACAACCAACGUUCUUUUGAAUUGCUGUGUGGGCCUGGACCUGUUAACUAUGCACGAUGGGCCAAAAAGAGAGGUCUUAAAGUUGCAGAUGAAACAGACCUAGCAUUAGGCAGUUGUGCCAAUGCAUCGGAGCUGCAGCCAGUGAUGCUAAAAGGCAUGGUUGAAUCCUUAACUUCAGACUCUCGUGUCGCACCAUCUCAAUCAUCUGUCCUGGAGCAUUGCCCUCCAGUGCCAGUCAUCAGCCAAGCCAAUCCUCCACCACCCCCUCCGGACUUUGUUCCUUUAACUCCUACUCUAGCUGCCAAAGCUAUAAAAGACUUGACCACUUGGAUUCCUCCACCUCCCCAGUUUCCUCCUCCAGCACCUCCAGUACCUCCAGUAAGUACAGAUGCUGCAACCCCUUUCACUGUGACAAAUGAUAAGGACUUCCCUCCACCACCCCCACCAUUUUCACCAAAGACUUUACAAUCAAUGCCUCAGUUACCACCAGGUAUUCCACCACCACCACCACAGGCAGUUCCACCUCCACCGACACAGGCAGUUCCACCUCCACCAACACUACCGUCUGAACCGCAGAAAAUCCCAUCUCCUCCAAAAGAAUCUGAAGCUUUGAUACAGGAUGUGUUGGUGACAUCUGCUGUAACUUCUCAACAAAUAUAUGUUCCUCCACUUCUGCCCCAACCCACCGAUGUAAGAGCUCAACUACUCAAUGUUCCUCCUCCACUACCUACUGAUGUAAAGUCUCAAGUCAGCAUUCCUCCUCCUCCCUCACUACCCACUGAUGCAAGAUUUCAACAGAUCAUUGUUCCUCCUCCUCCUCCACUAUUUGCUGAUUCAAAAUCUGAAGUCAUUGUUCCUCCUCCACCUCCUCUACCUGCUGAUGCAAAAUCUCAACAGAUCAUUGUACCUCCUCCUCUUCCACAACCUGCUGAUGCAAAAUCUCAACAGAUCAUAGUACCUGCUCCCCCUCCACUACCUGCUGAUGCAAGAUUUCAGCAUGUAAUUGUUUCUCCUGCUGCUCCUCCUCCUCUUCCACUAUCUACUGAAGUAAAAAAGGAGGACAAAUUGGAGACCAUGGAAGUCGAGAAACGGACAAGCAGUCCCUCUCUAGCCAAAGAGGAAUCCUCCAGUCCCAUGGUCACCCAGUCUCUCCUGCAGAUGGUUCGUCUCAGGUCAGUGAAGUCCAAUCAGACACAGGCAGCAGAUCUCGAUAAACCAUCACAAGCCAAACCAAAAUCUGGUACCAAUCAGGAGGCACCCCCAAAGCCAAUUAGACGGUCUUUGAUUCUGACAUCACUGCCUCCUGAUCUGGAAUCUCAAUCCAGCACAGAACCAAAAACUGAAUCUCCGUCCAACACUGUACAUGCAAACACAACCAAUGUAACAAACACUCAGCAAGGGGUAACUAAACCAGAGCCUCAAUCGAAUCACAUUGACCAAACAAGAGUAGAACCAACAUGCUCAUCAGCUACUGAACCAAGUACCACUUCAGCUCCUAAGGAAUCAGAGGCUAAACAUCCUUUUGCAGAACCAGACCUCAAACUCCAAACCCUCAAGGAACAAAUCCAACCUUCAGUGCCUGUCACAGAAUCCCUGCCAACCAAAACGGUGCCAAAAGACCAAUCAGUCAGCAAGCCAAUUACCCAACUUCAGGCACAAGAACCCCCAAAAACAAAAAGCAUAACUGGAAUACCCUCAAAGAUUGUUGAACAGCCAAAAAUCCAAACACCAACAAUCAUUGCCACUUCCACACCUCCUGUAGGAUCUUCGCCAGCUAACCCCUCCAUGCGUCUCCAGGAUGCAAUUCGUCUGAAGGCUGCCGCUAUGUCUUCAAAAGACAACCAAGCAAAGAUAUUUGGUCUUCGGUCCCCUCCCGCAGCCACUGUACCCAACUCUCCUGCAUCUACAGCCAGCUUCAUCUUCUCCAAGAGCACAAAGAAGGUUGUAAUAGAGACACCAUCGUCCUUGGAGGUUCAGGCUGACCUGAGAAAGACUCUAGUGGCAGAGUUUGCCUCUGUCUCUGAAUCAGCCAAGUCUAAUGACUUACACAAGACUGCUAAUAAGGUUCCUCCGCCUAUUGCUAAGAAACCCAAUGGUAAGGUUGAGAGCGUUGUUCAGAAUUCUGCAGAGGUCCAAUCUGCAGCCAAGUCAAAUCAUGUGCAAACAGAGACUGUACAAACUGCCGGACAGGAAGUACAGACAGAGAACCCUGAGAAACUGAUAAAGGAAUAAAAAAACAUGCAUGUAUGAUUUAAUAACCCCUAAGUUUUAUUGCAGAUAAUCCAGGUUUUAUUUAGAUAUAGUCCCUCACUGCUAAAGCGAUUUUGAAAUGCCAAAAAAAGUCUUUAUGUACAGAUAGGCAUAUUGCACUUUUAUACACUGGUUUAGUGUAACUGAUUGCAUGUUACUGGCUUUCGGAAAAAAAUAUUCUUACUUUAUUUAUGUCCUCAGUUGCAGACAGAAGCCAUGCUGAACUGUGGAAAAUCUUUAUUCUGGUAGCAGAGUAUAAAUUGUGGUAACAUAGCAGGAAAGUGCCAUGCGGAAGGAGUUUGUUGAUUACACAUCGACAGAUUUGUUAAAUUUAACAGGCUUUGGUGUGAUCUGGAAAAUGAGAACAGUAUGAAAGGUAAUGAAGGGACAGAAUGCAAGUUAGAAAAAAUGAAAAGAUGGAGUCAGAUUUGGAGACAUGGACAACUGAUUUGGGGGUGGGAGCAAGUGAUUAAUCCAUUUUACAUGAUAUUUGCUAGCAUGUAAAACGGAAUAUAUAAUGACAUUAAAACUCCCCCUCUAGUGUCCAUGGGAAUGUGGUGAAGAAAGGAAUCUAAGCAAGUGAAAGUAAAACAGAAAGAUGAAAGCCAAUAUUGUGUGUGCAAGUAGGGCCAAGCAAGCAUUAACCGCAUAAAUAAGAGUUGUAUAUCUGUGUAAUCAUUACAUUUUUUUUACAGAGAAGUUCAUUAGUUUACACAGUUAAUGUAUAUCACAGACUAUAUACUGGACACAUUAAAAGAUGAAUGUUUUUUUAAUAUAUAUGAAAUUGUUCUUAUGCACUGUUCAUUUUUUUGAUCGAUGUGUUCCUUUGAUUUCAGCAAUGUCUGUCUUGAGUUAUAAUCUCUCUUAUAAGAAGAAAUGCCUUAUUUACAUAUGUCAAAACAGAUUCUCUAAAAAUAUUCUAAACUUCAUUGUUUCAUCUGAUGAAAGUAAAAUGUGUAAAACAAAGUUA